CUCCGCUGUCUACUGCGAAUUCGUAUUUUUCUGAUUCCAAUGCUGCGAUUCACAUUCCCCGCGCGCUCUCCGGUUUCACGGCGCCUGUUCUCGACGACACGCGCAGUCGACACCAACAUAGCGAUUGCGGGCGGCGGUGCUGCAGGAUUCUAUACGGCUGCACGGCUCCUGGCAAAAGCGCCCGACACACAAAUCGAUAUCUUCGAGCGGCUGCCGACACCACACGGGACUUCAAGUUUGAGGAAGUGGCGGCCUAACAAGAACGUGCGGUAUUUCGGCAACGUCAAGCUGGGCCGGGACAUUCAGCUCGACGAGCUAAAGAACACAUACGAUGGCGUGGUAUUGGCGUACGGUGCCAGCCAGGACAAGAAGCUAGGGAUCCCGGGCGAAGACGGCAUAGAGGGAUCGGAUGGAGUGCUGGCAGCACGCGAGUUUGUCGGAUGGGACCUGCAGCCCGAUCUUAAUUCGCUCGAGACAGUGGUUGUAAUUGGACACGGCAAUGUCGCGCUGGACUGCGCGCGCAUCCUGCUUACUGAUCCUGAGGUCUUGGCCCAAACCGACAUCACCUACAACGCGCUGGAGGCUCUACGUAAGAGCUCGGUCACCAAUGUUGUCAUGGUUGGCCGGCGUGGCCCUCUGCAGGCGUCAUUCACAAUCAAGGAGCUGCGCGAAAUGACCAAGAUCCCGGGCCUGGAGAUCAUCACCGACGUACCACUGAUUAAGCGCGAGUGUGAGCAGAACAAGGAGCUGCUGGCCAAGUCGCGGCCACUCAAACGCAUGAUGGACCUGCUGAUCAAGCACGGGCGCACCCUGCCAUCCGGGGAUCAGAAGAAGACGCUUCGGCUCGAGUUCCUGAGGAGCCCUACCAAGGUCGUAUACAAUGCCAUCAACUCAGAUGAUGGCCAGAUUGAGUAUCCACAGGCGAUUCUACUCAACCACAAUACGCUUGAGGGCCCGGCGGAAAGCGCCAGGGCUGUGCCUACGGACAGAACAACUGUAGUUCCGUGCUGUAUGGUCCUGCGCAGCAUCGGAUAUGCCAGCACGCCGGUGGAGGGUGCGCCGUUCGACUCUGCCAAGAAGAUCGUACCAAAUAUCAGCGGGCGCGUUGUCGACGGCGAAGACGUCGUGCCUGGCCUAUAUGUAUCCGGGUGGGUCAAGCGUGGGCCCGUCGGGGUCAUUGCAACCACCAUGCAAGACGCAUACCACACAGCCGAUACCAUUGUCAUGGACAUCAACAACAAGAACAUUCCUGACGGCAAGUGCUCGCGCGAACAGAUCGACGCGGUCCUGGAAAAAGUAAAGGGCCAGCGUGUAUCCAACGACGACUGGAGGAGGCUGGAGGAGUACGAGUUUGCUGCAGGCAAGGAAAUUGGCAAGCCGCGCGAGAAAGUCACUCGGGUCGAGGACAUGCUUCAGAUUAUCCGCGAGAACGAGGGAAAAACCAAAAAGCGCCGGACCGCCUGCUAGAGCGUUUUUAUUAACUGAAUAGAUUCAGGCUUUCCUGAGCCUCGCAAC